UAAUUUUCCCUCUUUCAAAAGGGUUGUUAGACUAAUGCAGGUGUCACGGUGUUUCAACUGUACAGCAUAACCCCACAAAAGAGACAUCAAGGAACACCAACUUUCCCUUUCUAACACUCUCACUGUCGCACUCUUCACUCCCAUUUCUCUCUUUCUCUCUCCUCUGCUUCACUCCCUUGGCCUUUACUGAGAUUUGAGCUCCCAUCAUAUCAAACCCUUUCUUUUCUCUCUAUAGAUUUUCUGAAAUAAUGGGAGAAUGGAGAUGAAAUGGUUACAAUGCCGAUGAUGAUGAACGGUGACACCGCAAAAACCACCGCUUCUGACACCAAUACUCCACCUCCUGCUGCUGUUUUUCAUGACUUUCUUGGUGGUAAAGCCCCCACCUUUCCCGGCGGUUCUCUUGAGAAACAGGUGGGUAGUCAGUUGGAGAGAAUCUCAAGUUAUGGUCCAAAAAGUGAUCUCUCUGUGUCUGAGGUAAGCAAUCUGUUUGUGGGAAGCAAGCGGAGUCAUUCGGAUUCUGCUUUUACCGGAUCAUCAAGAGAGGGGAUUCCACAAAUGAUUCCUGAGAACUCUCAUGUGAUGAAGAUGCUUCGCAGUGCAAGUGGAGGAGAUAGACUGAAAAUCUCACCUUUUGAUGGGCCUCUUCAUGGUGUACCUCAACAUAUUAGGCCACUCUCUUCUUUCGUGUCUCAGACAACCAAUGCCAACUUUGUGAACUCUGAGAGAUCAAAUCCGAUGAAUGUUGGAGGGAGUAGCAUGCAGUAUAAUGCGUGUGUCAUGAAGUCUUCUCCUCUCAUGUAUCAGGGACCUUCGAGCAGAUUGAGGGACAGCAGUUCUGGUCCAUCCGUCCUGUCUCAGCUUGCUGCUGAUGAAGGAUCUAGAACUGGGAAUAAAGGCUCUGGUAUCUUGAAUUCGAUCAACGCUGGUAGUAAUCCAGUUUCUGAGAGGAGCCCCUCUGGGAUAUUUCCAAGUGGUUGCAACCUAAGACCUACCACUCGUAAUUAUGAGUCAGAACCAUCAAACCCUCCAAGUUCAAGAGGAUUAAUUACAUCUGGUAGCAGACAGAUGACUAUAAUUUAUGGUGGUCAAGUCCAUGUUUUUGAUGAUGUCCAUCCAAACAAGGCAGAUGUUAUCAUGUCUCUGGCUGGAUCAAAUGGAGGAUCUUGGUCAACCAAUUUACCGAAAACUUCAGCCAGGACAACCACAAAUGAUAGUUGCUUACCCAGUGGAGAUCAUGAAACAAGUAUACCUGCUGAUUGGUCUUUAGCGCAGAAAUAUCGCAACCUAUUAUCGGCAGGUGCAAAUUCCAUCCAUGGAUUAGGAUCUGGUGGGAUGAUUGCCAAAGCUGCAGGAACUUCAGGUCAUUUGAUGGAACCUAGCCGUGAAACAAAACGGGAGGUGUGACCAAAGGAAUUAUAAUAUGGGCACAACAGUAGCCAAUAUUGGGAAAUAGAUGAGCAGAUAAUAGGUCUAACCCUGCUUUUACUAACUUUUGCUCAAUUGUUUUCGAUGUGUAGAUACCUGUUGCAAGCUGACUUUAAUUCCAGUAUUUAGUUAAGGGGAUUAGUAUUUAGUGGUAGUGAGCUGUGUACAUGGUCCAGAACUGGGUUUGUUUUUCAGGUCAAUGCAACUCUAGCGCCCGACUAAUUAGUUCCAUCUUGCUCAUGUAUUCAUAUCUCUAAGCUAACUGUUAUUGAUUUACCUUGUGUUGUGGUAAUGGAUUUGGGCGUUGUAAUAAGUAUUGUACUCCCCUGCUCGUAAUAGGGAAAGAAAUCCCGUUUAAAUUUGCA